CUCCUCCUCCAUCACGGCGACCACUGUCCUUUCUUCGUCUCCAUCCACCACGGUCUGUCGACACGUUCAUCGCAUGCACUAUGGACGUCCCGCAGGCUGCUCCGCCUCCUCGAGGCUCCCGCCUUGUGGGCAACUCGCUCCUCUAUGCGAUCUCCAUCUUCGCUAGUCUUGGUGUAUUUCUGUUUGGCUAUGACCAAGGUGUCAUGUCCGGGAUCAUCACAGGCCCAUAUUUCCAGAACUAUUUCACUCUGACUGACUUUCAGUUGGGUACUAUGGUCGCAAUUCUGGAAAUCGGUGCCUUUAUUACUUCUCUCGCUGCUGGCCGUAUAGGGGACGUAAUCGGCCGGAGGAUGACUCUCUUCUGGGGUGCACUCGUCUUCACUAUCGGUGGUGCUAUCCAGACCUUCACAACAGGAUUCUACAUGAUGAUCGUCGGCAGACUUGUCAGCGGUUGCGGAGUCGGUUUGCUUUCGACAAUUGUUCCUAUAUACCAGAGUGAAAUAUCGCCUCCAAAUCAUAGAGGAGCGCUCGCUUGCAUGGAAUUCACCGGAAACAUCUUUGGAUAUGCUUUCUCUGUUUGGACGGAUUAUGCUUGCUCAUACAUCGACUCUGACUAUUCUUGGCGCUUGCCAUUAUUUAUGCAAUGCGUUAUCGGUGGAAUUCUUGCGGGAGGUUCAUUGCUUAUGCCAGAAAGCCCGAGGUGGCUGAUAGAUACCGACCGAGAUGAUGAAGGCAUGCGCGUAAUUGCCGACUUGCAUGGUGGUGACCCGAACAACGUCACUGCACGAGAGGAGUUCCAGGAGAUUAAAGACAGAGUCAUAUUCGAGCGUGAAUCAGGCGAGGCAAGAUCUUACAUGGUAAUGUGGAAGAAAUACAAGAAACGCGUUCUUCUGGCUAUGUCUUCACAGGCCUUUGCUCAGUUGAAUGGUAUUAACGUAAUCUCAUAUUACGCCCCUCGGGUUUUCGAAGAGGCUGGCUGGAUUGGUCGUGAUGCUAUCCUCAUGGCAGGAAUCAAUGCUCUAAUUUAUCUAAUGAGUACCGUUCCAACCUGGUUCUUGGUUGACCGCUGGGGGCGUCGUGCAAUCUUGAUGUCUGGUGCUGUUCCGAUGGCCAUUUCGUUGAUCCUGACAGGAUGGUGGAUGUACAUUGAUGUUCCCAAAACUCCGCAAGCAGUUGUUAUCUGUGUCAUCAUUUUCAAUGCUGCCUUUGGCUACAGUUGGGGACCCAUUCCGUGGUUGUAUCCGCCUGAGAUUAUGCCCUUAACAGUUCGUGCCAAGGGUGUGUCUAUUUCCACGGCGACAAACUGGGCAUUCAAUUUCCUCGUUGGUGAGAUGACCCCAAUUCUGCAAACUGCGAUUCAAUGGCGUCUGUACCCAUUGCACGGCUUCUUCUGCACUUGCAGUUUCAUUCUUGUCUACUUCCUCUUCCCCGAGACCAAGGGAGUGCCUCUGGAAGAGAUGGACGCUGUGUUUGGAGAAGAGGAACGUAUUGAGGAGGAAGAAGAAAUGGAGGAAGAGGUGCUCGAGCGUACUUCAUUCGCCAGAAGUCGAAGCACUCUUAGCCUCACUUUCAAUUACGGAACUGUUGGGAGAGUGACGCCGAAGGCUACAACGCCGUCUGCUUCCGGAGAGGGUUCACGAAACCCGUUUGUUUGGAUGCGUCGGUCAAAAAGCCAGAAUGACGCGGGAGAACGUGAACCUCUCAACCCAGGCCCAGGAAGAAGCUAGGUUUGAGUCUCGUUUUUCUUUGGAAGCUCUAUCUGGAAUCAAUCCAGUCCAUCUAUCCUUACGAACUCACUGUUAUGAGAAUGACGAGUCUCUUAACUCAUAGACAGACCAAGAACUAUCGGAGACCAGAGAGAGGCUGAAAAUAAGGUCCUUUCUUGUCUCUAAGUCUUGUAUCAAAUCAUUUGCAUAGUUGCAUCUCAUUUGCAUAUUCCGUAAUUAUGUUUUUUACCAAAUGAUGAAAUAUGGCGGAUGAGUCCGCUAAGUAUGUUU